GGCCCGCCUGGCGUACAGUACCCGGGCCCUUUACUGCCCCCAUCACCGAAUCCCCUCGAUCCUUACUCGGGGUCUGAGUGUAAGGGAGGCCUCACCAUCUACCAAGACCACUUUGAACGCCCCUUUCUUCUCGAAACCAAACGUUUUUACAUGCUGGAGAGUACACAGCUUCUUCAAACCAGCAGCGUCAUGGACUACCUCAAACGCGUUGAAGUGCGUCUGAAGGAGGAGCGGAACCGUGUUCAAACCUACCUGCACAUUAGCACACAGGUAGGUCUGCUGAAAACCUGUGAGCAGAGUCUGAUCGGGGACCAUAUGGAUCGUCUCAUUGCCGAAUUCCCCAAACUUCUGCAAGAGGAGCGCAUGGAUGACAUAGCACGCAUGUAUCGGCUAGUUGGUCGUUUUCCCGAAGGCAAGGAUCGCCUCGUCGAGAUAACAGAGAAGCACGUUGAGGAGAGGGGUUCUUCGGCCCUCCGUCAAGUCUGCCAGACUGCUGUAAAUGUGAGUGUGUCCUGUUUCCUGCAUGUUCUCUACAUUUAUUCAUCAAAAUUUACUUGCUUCUAA